GUUUCUAUGGGUUACAGUAAUUUGUUGGCACUUGUUUCCAUGGAUUACAGUAAUUUAUUGGUACUUGUUUCCAUGGGUCACAGUAAUUUGUCGGUACUUGUUUCAAUGGGUUACAGUAUUUUUUGGUACUUUGUUUCCAUGGGUUACAGUAAUUUGUCGGUACUUGUUUCCAUGGGUCACAGUAAUUUGUCGGUACUUGUUUCCAUGGGGCACAGUAAUUUGUCGGUACUUGUUUCCAUGGGU